AAAUACAGACAUUCAGAAAAGCACAGUGGAAAAGACGGGUUAUCCGAUUGUUCAAGGAUGGCGCAGUAUCAUUGCAAUUACUGCCAGACAAACAUUUUGGACGUCCGAGUACGCUGUGCGGAGUGCGAUGAUUUUGACCUUUGUCUGCAGUGCUUUUCUUGCGGCGCUGAGGUUGGAAUCCACAGAAAAGACCACAAAUACCAAGUAAUAGACAAUGGUAGCUUUUCAGUUUUUACACCUGAGACACAAAAGUGGACAGCUGUAAAUGAGUCCAUGCUUUUAGAUGGUGUGGAACACUUUGGAUUUGGAAACUGGGAAGACAUAGCUGAACAAGUUGGCCACAGUACACCAGAGGAAUGCUGUGAACAUUAUUUUACAUUUUAUGUAAAGGGAAAUAUAGGCAAAGCCACUCUUCCAAAUGAAAAUACCACAAAAAUAACUGACCACACUGGUCCAGAUAGUGGGCCUUUAUCACCAAGUCUUACAACACCUCUUCCAAGUGUUGAUAUUCCUCAAAAUGAACAGCAAGAGCUGGGGUACAUGCCCCUUAGGGAUGAUUUUGAAAGGGAAUAUGACAAUGAUGCAGAGACAUUAGUCAGCAACCUCAGUUUAAAUUAUGAUGAUGAAGAUGUUGAUAAUAGUAAGUGAAGUGAUUAUUUGAUGAAAAGAAGUUUAUUUAAGUUGGUGAGAUUUGUGCAUUGCUAAAAAGAAUAGGAGUUU